ACAGUCAGGUGAUGACAGAUGUACAGUUCGUAUGCAAAGUUCACUAACUCUCAAAGCAAAGAGAGAUCAUCAAAAUAUUUCUCUGACAUGUUUUGUUAUCAAUCAAGAUUCUACUGCACCAGACACUUGUAGUGUAACAGAUUUGUGCGCACAAACUAACCCAGCAGUAGUGACUUGUGUUAUUUUAUCAGCAAUCAUAGUUAUACAAUUUGCUGCCAUCAUCUUUCUCAUGCUAAAAGGUCAAGGUAUUCAUCUGACUGAAAUAAAAUCGUCCCCAACAGAACCACAAAAUUAUGAUCCGCCAAACAUAGAACCUCAAUAUGACUGUAUUGGAAAUAAUGGUUAUUCAAAUAAUUAUAUAACUGCUAUAUAAGUUCACAGAGAGAGAGAGAGAGACAGAGAGAGACAGAGAGAGAGAGAGAGAGAGAAAGAGAAGGGAUAAUGGAUUUAUUAAUAAUGUAUCGCGUUCGUUAAAAGGCAAAUGAACUUUCUUUUUAUUGUUAACUUUUUCAUUGAUGCAUCUGUACAUUUGCUUAAUUAAUUGAAAUGACACCAAUUAAAAUAUGUAUUAAUUUAAUGUCAAAAUAAUGAUUGGAGCAUACAUGUUGGCCUACUUUGACAUUAGUCCUGUUA